UGAUGUGUAAUAAUAAUGAUAAACAGACAGAUGAGUCUUUGAAUAUUUAGUGACUCCAGUGUGUAACGUGGUAUGAAUUUAAGAUUUCUCUUGUGUGUCGGUACAGAGAUGCAGACGGAGAGUGCAAAGAGGAUGGACUCUGCAGGAGAAGCGUCCCUGAAUUCACCUGAGCUGCCCUGGAACCAGCUGUAUUUGAAGAGAAGGACCGAGUCCAGGAUGCAGUUAAGGAGGAGAGUGUGCUUCACUGGCCCUGCUGCUGCUGCUGUUACCGGGGUAUUGGCAAUCCUCAUACUGGCUGCUGGCAGUGUGAGCAGCGACAGUGAGUUUGUGAAAGUCUCAUGCUCAAUGAACUGUACUGAGGGGCAGGACUGUAUCCUGAGCUGCUCUUUCGACUACACAGCUGGAGGCUGGGAUGAGAAGUCAGCUGUGAUCUGGAGAAGAGCAGAAACGGACCACAUCGUUCACGGUUACUAUAACAACAGGGACCAGCUUAACAAUCCGCUCCCUCAGUAUGUGAACAGGACCAGCCUGUUUGAUUCUGAGCUGCAGCGCGGGAACGCUUCACUGCUGCUGAGAAGAGUCAGGGAGGGAGAUGCUGGAGAAUACAGGUGCUCUGUUUACACUCUUAGACUGGUCGGGUCAGGCCUGACUGAGGUAGUCGUGGUUCCGGCUCAACCAACAACAGCACCAGAUCAUGUGACAGUCCCGAGCUCUGACUGGAGGGGUUUAGGAGCACUUCUUCCUCUUCUUGCUCUUUGUGUGAUUGUAGCGUGGCUCUAUAAAAGACAUGCAAGUCCAGCACAGGCAGUGCCGUUAUCAGACGUGAUCGAGGUGCCCAGUGAAGUCAGACCGCUCCCCUGCACUGCUCAAUUUACCCAGUUUAAUACAAGCUCCCAAAACGAAAUAGUGUAACCCGGUUAAUGUCCCCUUGGUUAAUAUCCCAACCUGCUUAUCAUGGUUUUUUUAAACCACUUGCCACUCACCAUAGGUUUCUAUGUUAAAUUAACUCUUUUAAUAUCACUAGGAAUCACUCUUAUUAUCCCCUUUUUGAGUCGUCUACCAAAGCUGUGCAGAUGAGGUGUACUGUUUGUAAGAAAGAAGUAACGUCGCCUUUAAGAAAUGGCGGCGCUACUGAGGAAAAUGAAACAAACAGCACCCAGGAACCGGAGCACUAAUUGGUAGGGCGGGGUUCCUGGGGUAUAUAAGGAAGUAGGGUAGGACAGGACGGGGGUGAUCGUGGGGAGCACCGCCGGAUUGUCCUGCAGGAAAUACCCAGAAAAAUAGAGAGUGUUAUAAAACUUUGCAAGGUAAAGUGAACGUGUUUUGUUUGGUGAACAAGAGUUUUGUUUUGUGUAAAUUGUGAGCGUUUUUCCUCUUGGUGAGGUAGCCUUUUGUUUUACGAGGACAAUUUGUUUGAUUUAAACGUUUGGAUGAACGCCGCUCCUCAGUGUUAAGUAAAGCAGUUCCGCAGCUUCCGUGUCGGUUGAGCACCGUCACAGCGGCGUACUGUGUGUGUUGGAAAACAUGGAUCGAGAAUUGAUUAGCAGUUUGCUACGCAUGUGGACUGGCAGAGCUAUACUGGUGUUCUUUUCUGAAAAGAAACUAAUAUUGCAGAUAGCAGACUGUUUGGUUCAAAUUGCAUGUACUGCUAACAAUUGAUAAGAGACCUUGUGUCUACAAGCUUCUUGUCCAACAUUGACUGCAAGCUAACAAGAUAUUGGUGCUGUGGACCAGGAGGGGCUAGGCUCUAAGACUUUUAGGAAUACAAAGCAUAAAGGGGCUAAAAGGCUCCCAGGGACUGCCGUUGGACCAAGAGGUUCACAGGGAGAGUAAGAGAUAAUACCACUAGGACUUGAAGGGUCUAAGGCAAAACGGAGAGAAGAUGACAAAAACCAGAUGUAUGGACCUUUUUGGGGCACCAGGGGUUUGAGGAAUGCACUGAGUUCAGAGGUCGUCACACUGGACUACACACACACACACACACUCACACUCGCACUAAAUGAAAUAUAUGUUAACAGGAUAAUGAGUUGUACCUUUUCUAUUGGUUAAGUGUCAGAGAAAGAGGAGGGGAGAGACACCUAUGCAGAAGGGUAUUUAAUGUCAUGCAACAAUUGUAAGAACGAGUAUUCUGUGUCCUGUACCUGGGACCAGACUCCCUGCAUAUUUCAAUAAACCUAACAACUGACUGAAGAAAAGGACUCUGUGCAGUUUCUUGAAUCUACUUACUCACCAUCCUCUUUUUAAAGUUACAUCAUUUGGCGAGCCACCGGCGGACUGUUUCCUGUUUUUUUUUUCCAAAAACCGGGGGGGUUUUGAUACCUGACUGCAGAGAAACCCAUUUGCCCAGCCUGAAUCCCGUGCGCACAGGACCAGGACAAAGCGAAUGGACAGAGACUGCUUCUAACUUCUGACCAGACGGUGUGGAGAAUCUUUGAAUCAGGACUUCAGCUCGAACAUAUAACCACGUACAUUGGUGAGUAGUUACUGGUUUAUUGUUUUAUAUGCAGUGUUUAGAAUGUAGUGAGAAUCAAGGGUAGAAUAUGAAAGAGGACUUUUUGAUAAUUCAUGUACAUUGAGGACACAAUUAGUUAAGUCAAGAGAGAUUGACCGCUGAACUAAAAGUGUAUUGACUAUUAGGACUUUAGGUAUGAAAGAGGACCUCUGGAUUCUUAAAAAAGUCGGAGUAAAUCGUGUAGUGUUAUGACGUGCCAGUAGAGUUUAUUGGACUAGUUACACGGACUUGUAUAGCUCAACAGGUACGGGCAUACUCGGAUUUAUGUUUUAUGUUUGUUUGAGAGGAUUUGGUACACCUGUUUUGUCUUUGUUUUUACUGUUUGGUUUAUAAGUCACGAUAAGGGGGCCAUAGGAUAAGCCUCUUAUUUAACUGUCCACAUUAGGUGGUACAGAUAAGGAACAAUCAGACAAUAAGUUCCAGUUAAGCCCAAAUAGCACAUACAAAAGUGUAAAUUAAAUGUGCAAUAAACCAAAAUAAAAGUUUAUGCUUCGUUAAGCAUAGCUUUAAACACGGAAUAUUGGUAAAAACAAGACAAAACUAAAAAGUGUUGUUGUUCUUUUUGUUAGUUUUGUGUUUUGUUGGGAGUCUGAUCAACUCCAAAUAUGUUAGAAGCUGACCCUCAAUGUCAUCAAAUGGAUGGCUGGAGAAUAUGGAACAUAGACUAUGUGUUAAAACAUGGCAAAAAGGGAAGCUAUGUACAGAACAGUAAUGUACAUGUUCAUGUGAAAGGUCAGGAGUGUGUGUCUCGUAAGAAGAAAAAGACAAAGGAAAUUCAAAACUGGUAGCCCACAAAAAAACAAAACAAAAAAAACUGUAAAAUUAAAAGGUCACAUUAAAAUGUAAUUAAGAAGUUGCUUAUUAAUGAUUGUUUGAGUAAUUCUGAUUUUGCUUAAGCGUGGAGAUAAAGUAACAUCUUAGAAAAACUAUGUACCAAGAACCAGCAUGAAUACUUAUUGUCUUGCCUCGAUCAUAAGAGAGUUUGAUAAGGGAAAGAGACCCAUGUUAACUGAUGAGUUAUUUGUAUUGUGUUAGUGUUUGAAUGCAAAGGAAUGGCCAACCUUUGAACUAAAACAAUAACACAAAUAUACAAAGCAACAAUUAAUAGUUUGUUCAGGAUUAUAUUGGUAAACAAGAGGAACAUUUUGUCUUUCUGAUAGAGGAUUUACUUGAAAAGAAAGUGGUGGUAUUAUUUUGGUACGCAGGGUCUGUGUCUCCCUGGUCACAGAUUCAGGGAGGAAUAGGAAAAAAACUUGCGUGACCAUAUUUGGGCAGAGAGAGAAAAGACUGAGAAUAGAUCACUGUUAGACAGACUAAAAAAUAAAAAGACUUUUAGGAAGAGAACAAAUGUUUUUGGAGAUCAAUAAAUCUGAAACAAAUUAAAUUAUCGACCUGGAAAUAUUUUAAAAAUAUUUUCAUGAAUGAAUGUUAAGUGUUUGUUUGAGAGUGAAUUUUAUGUUUAAGACACGGGUGAAUUUUAUGAAUCACCUAUGAAUACAUAUUUGAAACCAAGAUCACAUGAGUGGUAGAGUUUGUAUUAUUGGUGUAGCUAAAAAAAGUGCAGAGUUAAAACGAUGUUUUAUUUUUAAGGGGUCUGUUUAUUAAUGAUUGUUUAGUUCAUGUUGAAUUAAACAGGGAGAUUGCAUUCUCUUUGAAUGGAAAACGCGUAGUUUAAUAAAUACUGAUGUUAUCAGUAUUAACUGGGUUUAUUCUGAUGUUGCUAAAGCACACUACGAGUAGAAGAAAAAAAAGUUGAAUUGUUAGAGAGCAUAAAAUACAAUUCAAAUGGGGAAAAAGAGGUCACAAUCGAUAUCGGAGUGAUCUACAGGGAUUUCAACUUCUGCUGAGGCAUCAGAAUGCAGUGAUGCAGGAGACAAAAGCAGUGUCACUCAGAGCUACGCGAGUGAUGUGAAAUGGGAUGUUUGCACACAUGUGUACGAUGUGUUUUGUUUAUGUUGGUUACAAUUAGUAUUUUACGGAGCUUCUUGCAGGAGAGGUGAUGAUAAUUAGAUUAAUGUGAUAACUGAAACAUGAAUAAAUCGCGAGUGACAUGAGAUUAUUGAUGGUGCAGUAUAGGACUGCAGGGUUGAUGGAUUGUGAUAUUGGUAUGAUAGACAGUCUGUUGGUUAAUGUUUGUGUGUUUGUCUGUGAAUAUAGGGUAUGAAUACUCUCUUGUGGAAGUUCAGCACAGGAGGCUGAGCUAAUGGAAAUAUUGUGAUGCAAAAUAAAGUCAACUUCUCACUGUCUAAUACAGAACAGACAGUCGCAGUAGCAAAAGUAAUUAUGCACUCACAGUAAUACAAAUGCACUUGGUAGGAUUGACCAUGGGGAAACGCCCGUGUAAAUUAAUCAAAUCAAUAUUCGCUGGAUUAAGCAUGAAGCAACCUGCGCCCUGGUUGGCGAAGUACAGUGAUUCCAUGUCCUCUGCCACCCAAAGAGCUCUGGGUUGGUAAAGCUUGUGGACCACAUCCUAAAAAGGAAGCAUCAUAAACAGGUGCUCAUGAAUGUCAGGUUUAUGUGCACACACAUUUUCUUUUUCUCACUGGACUAUUUCUAUAAUAGAUCCUGAUUUAUUUUGAUCUGCUAAAAGGAUGCUGUUAUUAAUUGCAGCAAGAAUAGGCAGUACUUUUAUUUCUGUAUGCGUUAUUGAGAAACAUUAACGUUUGAAUACAUUUCUUUGUAAACUUUCUUUUCAACUGUUAUUGUGAUAUGUGCUCUGGACGUCUUGCCAAGAAGGGAGAGAUCAAUGUAUGACUAACAUCUUACAGGACUGUUCUCAACUAGGUAAUAUCAUACAGUAUGUGGACGACAUACUGUUGCAACGAGAACUGCGGAGAAGCACUAUCUGUUGCUGGAGGAGCACGCUGCUCUCAAAUUAAAUCUAAAGAAAGCUGCAUUAAUGAAAUCAUCUGUUUGUUUCUUAUUGAGUACAGGUGGAAACUGGAGGACACACACCUGACCCAGGAAAUAAAAAGCUGAUUAAAAAUCUGCCCCUUAGAUCUUUUUGGGCAUAUUUGGAUUCUGUCAGGACUUCAUGGAAGGAUACAGCGAACUAGCUGUCACCCUCUAUGAACACCUGAAUUGAGGCAUUAAAACAGGCACUGAUUCCAACCCCACUCAGGGUCUCCAUCCAAAUUAAAAAAAAAAAAGCGGGGGGUUGGAAGGCUGAUUGGGGAGGUUCGUAUGAGAUAAUGGACAAACUGGGAGAAACCAAUUUGAAAUUGGCAAUACAAAAAUUAGGGAGUGAAAACUGGCUUGAAAACUAGUUUCACUGAUAAGCAAGCCUGCUGGAGAAUGGAAAUUCCUAAGUGCACUGAUGCAGUUAGUUUAGAGUAGUAAUUGUGAGCAAUGAAGCAGAUAGAGAUUUGUAGUUACUUUUAGAGUACAGACACAGGUCUAAGGCUUUCCUCUUCUCCUACAGGUUCAUGCUGGAACUGAUAUUUUAUAUUAUGUUCACAAUAUGGGGUGGACAUAGGCUUUGAGAAAAAUACAAGAUAGAAUUAACAGACAUUGGCGAUUCUUAGAAUUGCAAUAACAUUAUCAAUGCAGAUGAAAAAGAGACUAUUCAAGAAUUAACCUUUUUGAAAUUAAAUCAGAUAUUAAUCAAAAGAAUAAAUACUGCACUUGUUCUCCACAGGUUCCGAGAUAAUAUUGAUGGCGUUUAUGUGGAAUGGAAGCACAAUGCUGUUCAUCGGAACUGAGAGGACCAUUUCAGAAGAGUUUGUGCAGAAAGUUCCAAUACACUUGUGGGACAAUUUGGAUAUGCAAACAGGAACUGUACAUAUUAACCUGCAGAACUUUACAAUGCUUGUCCAUGAUAUGUAGUAAUUAAGCUCUACCAUAUAUCUGGAACAAGAGUGUAAGUUGCUGAGAGAUGGUCAUGAGGAAGUAUCUGAAACCACAGAGACAUUCUUACAUAUGGGGAACCAUUCCGGUCUGCAUAUCAAAAGAAGAAAUAUUUAUGAUGAAGUUAAAGUGACAUUUUUGGGGAUGUAAUGGGGACUGUUAAUUUCAGUUAACAUACCUGAUAAUGAAACUACGUAUUAUAAACUUGGGGUAUAGAUGUAUGAUUGGUGAAAAGAUUUGUCUUAGUUUAAAGAUACUAAAGGUAAUAUGUCAGCGAUCCUGGAGUGCAGAGAUGGGAAGGUCUCAUGUAAUUUAUUACUAAUCACAUUCAGUAAAAUAACAAAAACUGCAAAGGUUGUACCAUUGACCUCUAGAGGCACUGGGAGUAUGGAGUUCGUGUUGUUCAUGACACUUAAGAGUGGUAUUGUUAAGACAUUGUAUCUGCCAUCCAUGGUAGGGAGGUAAAAUGGUUGGUGUCUUGCAAUGGAUUAUUUGGAGUGUUGUUAGGAACAUAAGACUAUAUUAAUAUGUACUUGUAAGGUAAUGGGACAUCCUAUGUUGAAUGGAAAUACCAAUUGAAAACAGCUGUUCUACUGAAAAAUAUGGUUACCUAUAUUAGACAUUAAUUGUGGAAAUCAUGUGAACUUUGAAUGAUAUGCUGUAGUGUUGAAUAUGUCUAAAAUGAGGCACUAUUUUAGCACUUGUUCAAUGCAUAGUGAUCAUUUUUGAAGUUAUAGUUUUAGGUUUUAAUCAGUCUUAAGUGCAUCAUAAGAUUGAGAUGGUCUAGAAUAUUGGAUUCUAGAAAGAUGUAAUUUAACAUACGGGUUUAAAAUAAUGAUACACCUAAAUGUGUUAGAGCAACAUGAGUGUGGUUCUGAUCAAGAGGAUGGGGAUCCACAGCUGGAACAUAGAGUUUAUUCUGAGAGUACUGUAGUUUCGGAUAGAAGAUGUGAUUAUGAGCUUACAGAGUUAAACCAACACUGCACCGCGUAGCUAAAGAGCAGGCCGGGUGGGUGAAAUUGGGAGGCAUAGAUUGCUGUAAGGAAUUGAGUACGUCAGUAAUUUACACUUGUUCCAUGCGGGGUGAUCUAAUUUCUUGAAACAGGGCAGUAAACCGUACUAUCGAGUUAAAAUCACUACGAAAGUAUGUCCCCUUUGCACCUCCUACCUCGGGAAGGUAUCAUUCUCGGACCAGAAAGAAAAACUGUUUUGGAUGAUGUGAAUAUAGUAUUAUCGUGUGUAAUGUAUAAUUUCACAAAUCUAACUGUUAUAUUUGAACAGUAUUGCAAGCAACACACCAAUAUCCAGAAUUGGCUUCAAAGGGAAAUAAGUAGUACAAUAAAAGAUUACAAAGAGCGAAUAGCCGAACGAAUGUAUGAAGGUAAUGAGAAUGUGUGAAGGUAAUGAGAAACGUAGGAAGAGGGGACUUUUUGAUGAAAUAGCAGGAUGGUUUGGUGCAGGAAAUUCUGUUGCAAACAGCUGGGAUAUUUAUCAAAUGUCAAAAGGGCAAACUUGGAUAGCAAGUGCUGUGGAAGAAGAAAUAGAAAGAUUGGGGAAUGGACAGAUGUAUGUAAAUCAAGGGAUUAGGCUCCAGGGUACAGCUAUAUAUAAGCUAAUAGAUGGAACAGAGGGAGCCCUGCGCAAUUUGACCAAAGCAAUAGAUUGUAGAAUAUUUGCGGGUGACCUUUUAAAAACAAUGAAGGAAGAAAUAAUGGACAUUAGGCUAAGAGUGGUACCUAGACAUGCACAGGAGGAUCUCAGGUUGAGGUUGGCAAUGAUCCACCCUGAUCAGACUGACCUCCUGGGAGCUAGUUUAGUGUGGCCAAAGAAGAAUGGCAAGGAACCACCUGGUCACAUAGGGUUCUAUCUCUCAAUACCAUACCUGGAUCCUAAUAACCAGUAUAAAGACAGUUUGAAGAUUAGACCGAUAGGAGUACUACACAAUGAGACAGUGAUAGUUUGGGAAAAGGCUACAUGGAAAGUUCAGCGAGGCAACUGGAGUGGUGUGGUGCAUGAAGCAUGCUGUUAUGAAACAAAUAGUCAUGUAGUUUGCCGGUGUCCUGCAAUCACCGGAAUUAAUAGAAAUAUAAGCACUGAAUUAGAGGUACAUCCACUAGAGGGGUGGAAAAAAGCAGUGCAGGUUGGGAAAUAUCAAUGGUGUGUGUUGAGUAACCAUACCAAUUUUAAAUAUGGAGAUUUAACUUGUCAGACUUCUCCAGGAUUUUGUUUUUCUCCAACACAUGCAGUUCAGAUUGGAGAUAUAUAUAUACCUGAACCUGAAGCAGAGGAGUUCCAAAUUACCGCUUGGUGGGAUGACACAUAUCUAGAUUCAUAUUCGGUCAUUUUUUCUCAAGUGCACAAAUUGGUUAAAAUAGCCCUACAAAGAGCGGAACAGAAGCUGCUCAAAGCUAAGGUCGAAGUUGAUUUGGCACAAUUAAAAGCCACCGUAUUGAAACGAUAUGGAUGGUCAGGGCAGGCCUUAGGGCACACUUUUGGGGAUUAUGUUGUUUUAAUAAUACUGUUAAUAGUAAUAGUAUUGAUUUUAUGGAAUAGCAUUCAGUGUUUUUGGUGGAAAAAAACAACACCGACAGUUAGAAAGGACCAUUGGCAGAUGGGAAACUGUAAACUUACUGGGAGCCACCAUGAAUAAGAAAUAACACCUGUGUACAGUGAUAAACUGUAUUUACUGUAUGUUUACUGUAUGUUUAUUUUUCAUUUUUUGUAUUAUUUUUAUGUAUGUUUGUUUGUUUUUUUUUGUUUGUUUUUUGCUCAUGACAUACUUACAUGGAGAAACAGCAAAGGCAAGGUAGAUACCUACACAUAA